AUGCACCGGGUGGUCUCCAACCAGCGCUCGGUCUCCUCCUCCUCCGGCUCCUUCCAGGCUCCCCCGCCGCCUCCCCCCGCCGCCGCCGGGGAUCUGCAGCCGCUCUUUCUGGGCGGCGGCGGCGUCAGCAGCACCAGCAGCUCCAGCGGCGGCACCCGGAGGGGCAGGCGGGGCUCGGUGUCCAAUUCGGCCUCGACCCGCACCCGGAGCAGCAGCAGCAGCAGCAGCCGCGGCACCAGCACCAACAGCGGCAGCAGCAGCGACCGCAGCAGCGAGGAGGACGAGGACGGCGAAGGGGAGGAAGCCAAGCCGCUGGUGCCGGCGCAGGAACCCGCCUCGCCGGCGGCUGUCGUUGCCAUUCCCGCCGCCGCCGCCUCAAUUUGCGCCUCGUCAGGCUUCAGCAGCUCCUCGUCGACGGGCUGCACAAUGACCGCCGGCGAACUGUACGGGGCUCCGCUGGCCGGGCCGGGGGCGGCGGCGGGGGCCCCGGCGGCCGGGCUGCUGUGGCCGGGGGGCUUCGUCGCCGGCCCGUCGGGGCCGCGUUGGGGCUACCAGGCGCUGUCCUUGGUGCUGCUGCUGGGCCAGGGGGCGCUGCUGGACAUCUACCUGAUCGCCGUCACCGACUUGUACUGGUGCAGCUGGAUCGCCACCGACCUCGUGCUGGCGGCCGGCUGGAGCAUCUUCUUCUGCCGCAACAGCCGCGCCCGUCGGCGGGAGCGCCCGUUAGGGGCCGUCGGGGGCCACCCGCCGCCCCCGCCCUUGCACCCGCUGCUGGGUCACGGCCCCUACGGCGGCAGGGGUGUCGGGGCGGGCUCGGGGGCCAAGGCGGGGGCCGCUCAGCGAAGCGGGGACUUCGCCUACGCCCACCUGGCCUGGCUGAUCUACGCCAUCGCCUUCACGCCCAAAGCGGCGCUGAUCCUGGGCACGUCCAUCCUGGAGCUGGUGGAGCUGCGCCUGCCGCUGGGCGCCACGGGCUUCCGCAUCACGCUGGCCCUCUCGGCCCCGCUGCUCUACUGCCUCCUGCGAGCCAUCAGCACCGACCCCGGCGGCGGCCAGCUGCUCCUGCCGCCCCAGCCGCCGCCCCAGCACCGCGCCUCCGCCGCCUUCCUGGCCACCUGUUUGGACCUGCUGGACAGCUUCACCCUCCUAGAGCUGCUGCUCCUGCAGCCGGCCCGGCCCGCCUUGCCCCUGCCGCCGGCCGUUCGCUACGUACUGAUCGCCGUCUAUUUCUUGUGCCUGGCCUCGCCCGUGCUCUGGCUGUACGAGCUGAGCGCGCCGCGGGCUCCCGGCGUUGGCCGCCUGGCCGUGCAUUGGCUGCUCCCCGCCGGACUCCUGGAUGCGCCGCUGCUGGCCCUGCGCUGCCUCCUGCUGGUGCGCUACCAACAGCCGCUCUCCAUCUUCAUGUUCAAGAACCUCUUCUUCCUGGCCUGCCGGAGCUUGGAGGCCAUGGAGACCUGCUACCUUCUCUAUUCUGCCAGCGGGCAGGGCGGCAAGGGCAAGUGCGUGCCCGUCCUUUCCACGGGCGUCGGGGAUGGCCAGCUCAGUCAUUGCAUCUCAGAGAACGACAUGGGGCCCCAUGGCUACGUCAACACAUUGGCCGUCACUGCCCAGAGCUGA